AUGCUGCGUCCAACUGUAAUUUCAUAUCUACAGCUACGCCACGUCGAGAGCUGCUGGCAGACAAUGCAUUCAGCUUUCCUUAGAUUUACUUCCGCGGAACCUUUUUUUGCGGUGCAGAUCCCACAGCCUACUUCCGAAGACAUCGGCCCUUUAACAAUCAGUGGGUGCAGGGCGUGUUCAACAGCACCAUUGUUCUUAUCGGACAGCGAAGUUAGCAGGGAAUGGAAGGAGAUCGGACAGGUAGAGGGUAAACCCUAUGCCCAGUUCCGUGUCAAUCCGACGCCAGCUCCCAACAAGGACCUAGCCAUCCUGCUCUGCCAACAUGCCCCAUUUCCCACUGCCCCGCUUCAGAAUCCCGUCCAACGCCCGCCUCUUCCAACCACUAACAUUUCAGGGACGCUACUAUUUUUCAUCCUCGCAAGAACGUCCCGGACUGGCAGUCUCACAAGCUCCCAGCAAGCGAACCGUUCUCAUCUUGGGGAUCCCGCCAGAGGAAGCACCAAUUGCAAUACCCCCCCUCCCCGAACAUCGAGGGCCUCACGAAUAUCGUGCGCUUGUCGACGUUUCAGGUAUUUUAGGCCUCGCGAGAACGUCCUUGCCGUGAAGCGCAGACGGAAGCAGGACGCGCGAGCGAGCUUCUACUAUCCUGUCGAUAUCGCUUUAUGA